CUUUAAGACGCUCUGGUUAAUUCGGUGUAACUAGAUGCGUUAGUUGAAACCUGUUUUUCUGCUGCUGCUGAUGCUGCUCUGGAUGUUGCAGUGUGACCGUGGAGAAAAAACAGCAACAGACAUUCAGAAGCUUUUACACCCAGAUAACCAGCCUACAUCAGCAUACAUCAGUUUUGCCAUCUGAAGAUGCGUUAUAAUUAGCCUGGAGAGAAAUCAUCAGCAUCGUCUGUUGUGAUCUGACAAAGACAGACGUACUGGUUGGAUUUGGGUUUUAAUUACUGGAGGGACACACUGAACAUCGUCGAAACGGAAAAGUAAACACAAUGUCGUCGGAAAAACACGGAUUGGAGGAGGCAGCGGGGAGGCAGGCCAUGUCUCAGCCGAUGAUGCAGAUGGCUCCACCUCCCUACCUCCCCAACCAGGACCCCAACAUGCCCCCACAUCCCCCUCCACCUGGCUGUGGCCAACAGCCGAACUACCCCCCUCCCCCUCCUCCUCCUGGAUCAGAGGGGUACAUGCAGGAAACCCAGUUCCACUGUGGCACCCUCGGGCCCCAGGGAGCUCCAAACGGAUACCCGGUGCAGACACACGGACCAGUAGGCACCGUCCCUCAUCCUCCAGUGGGCUAUAUACAUCCAGGAUACCCCCUACAACUGCAGCCCUGCACGGCCUACGUGCCCGUCUAUCCCAUAGGCACAGGGGCACAGCCUUACAUGCCUAAUGGUGCACCUCAUCCAGGUGUUGCUCCCGGCCAGAUGGCCAUGCAUAUGCCAAAUGGCAUCGCUCUGAUGGAGUCUCGUCGUCCUCCUCACGACUACCUGCCCAUCGCUGUCCUCACCACUGUCUGCUGUUUCUGGCCCACAGGAAUAAUUGCCAUCAUCAAAGCUGUGCAGGUGCGUACUGCUGUUGCUCGGGGCGACAUGGUUACAGCAGAGAUUGCUUCACGCGAGGCACGUAACUUCUCCUUCAUCAGUCUGGCAGUGGGAAUCGCCUCCAUCGUGUUGUGCACCAUACUUACCGUUGUGGUCAUCAUCGCCUCUCAGCACCAUGAUGACGACUGGGAGCCCUAGAGACCACAGCUCAGGGACGAACCUCCUCAACCUGCCCUACAGACCCCUGGCCACCAUUCCAGUCGGUAUUCUGCUUUUUCUUUCACACAGCACAGUUCUGACUUCUCAAGCCACCUCAUCCUAAUCUGCAGUCAAAAAUACGAUAUUACAGCCAUUUGCCCUUGUAUUAGUUACAAGAUAGAACAGCGGGAACUAUGGGGAACACAAACGUCUACCAUGUUGUAAGUGUGCUCACACUCACAUUAACCUACCUGAACAAUUCUUGCUUCUACUGAACAAAAGCCUGUGUUAGAUCAGUAGUUUUAAUAUAUAGUGUACUAAAGACUUGAGUCAGGUCAGAUGUGUUAUUGUUUGCUCCGAAAAUUUGCCAAAAAUAUUACUUUUUAAAAGAAACACACAAGUAUUACAGGAACAUAAUUUUGGUAUUAUUAAUUGUGUUUAUUGACAUUCACAAACAUUCCGUCUAUUAUUUUGUGCCAUUUAUCUGUUUAAAAAGGAAAAUAAUAUAUUACUUUGUAGGCUGAAUUGACAAAUUUAGUCACUGAAAAUGUGGAUAAAUUGUGUUUUCUAUACACUAAGUAUUGAAAUUCAAAAAGACUAAUUGAUUAUUGGAAAUAAGCUCCAAUAUAAUAGAACUGGAAUUUCAGAUUUCAUCAUUUACCCAAAGGAACUUCUAUGGUGUAGUUCAGAAGAGUGUAUAUCAGUAUUGUUCACUCAGUGGUUUCUUUUCUUAAACCAAAGGCCAGAAAUAUACUCUACGCUGUACACAAACACAGAUGCUAAUGCUUGGCUAACACAUGGCAGCAUGCAGUUCUCUUGUACAUAUUUAAAGCUUGUGAUGCACUGAAACACCAAAACUGAAAUUAAAGUUUUCAUUUAGCUGAAAAAGAAACUGCAAAUAAAGUUUGAGCAAUUGCUACUCAUUUUUACAUUUUGCUACUCUUAGCAUCAUUUUUGGUCAUGGUGAAGUGUGUCCACACUAGAAUUUCAACAUCGUGUGCACGCAAUAGACUCUUACACAGUCAAAACUUGUAAUCUGAAAAGCUUUCAGUGUUUCAGUCAAUGAUUUCAGCCCUCCAAAACUAUUUUGGCCGUAACCAAAAAUUAUGUUUAUUGCUGUUUAGGCCAAAUUUUUUGGGUUGUUGAAAUUUGCAUCGCUAUUUAAAGCUGCAAUGUUACAUUUUUGCACUACUUGUGGCACAAAAUGGAAAUGCAAUCUGUUCAUUUAAGAAGCCUUAAAUAGUAACAUUGGCUUAACCAAUGGUUUGAGGUUUUUAUUGCAGCUAGUGGCACAGAAUUGACAUACUGAAACUUUGACAAUAUUUUUUUACCCUUGAAUAGUCAUGCUAUUAAACUGUAUGUGGUAUUAUUGUGGAAGCCAGCUAUAAAAAUAACAGUUUAACUGACUUUAAUAAAUUGGCUCAGCAGGAUUUUCUUCAGACCCCAGAAUAAGAAUUUAUGCUAAUGUAUAACUCCUUGUGUGCAAUAUGUAUCAUUUUGAAUGGCUGACAAAUUCUGUGAAAAUAGCUAAAAGCAUUUGCGUUCAUGUACUUGCGUAGAGUACGUCUCGGGCCCAAGUGUUCCCAAGUGUCUUGUUGCAAACCGGUCUCAAAUAGAUCCAGUUCAGAGAUGUUGAAAGAAUGUAUUAUAGGGUGAAAUUAUUGCUUCAUUACUGACUUUUGUAAAUUGGCGCUUCAUUAAGGGAUGACAUGACAUUUUUGUGUUGUGAUCUAGUGUAUUAUUUAUUGUUUAAACACUAAAUUAUUAAUUUGUGUAUUAAACUGAUAAUUAUGUAUUUAUUGAAAUAUGUAAUCAUAGGUCUAACUGUUGUGCUGAAAUAUUUAGUUAUCUUUCCUAGAUAACAGUCAGUCAUCACAGAUGAUUGCUCAGCUGGCAUAUUUUGAUGAAGCAUGUGGUAAUAUGCACUUUUAUGCUCAGUAAGCAAGUAGCUAGUUUGUCUCACUUCUAUGUAGAUGAAAGUGUAACUUGCUUCAAUUCUGACCUCAUUGAAACUCCUCACAUGCUGCUGUCAGUUAGCUGUAGUUUGUUAGAUAAACACAUUUAGCACAAUGGUUUGGUUGAACAAAAAGUAUCAAACAAUCCUAGAGUGUUCCUACAUAUAUUAUACUGAAACAUGGAUGCAAUGUUUUAGAUUUGUAAGACUCUAAUAUGUGAAUUUAUCUCUUACUGCUUUCAAAAUGCAUCCAUUCAUGCCAUUCACUGACUGUAUGAUCUGUCAAACUCUUUAUUUUCAAACAAGAAAAAACUCAAAAAUGAAAAUCCCAUCAUCAUUUACAGCAACAACUCUCAUGUUGCUCCAAAAACCUGUAUGACUUUCUUCCAUGGAGGAUAAAAGGAAAAUCUAGCUAAAUGUUGAUUCUUCUCUUUCCAUAAUGAAAGCGAAUGGGGCUAUCGAGCUCCAGAACUGAGAAAUAACUCAAAUAACCCAUAUACUAAAAUUUGGGAAUAAUGGAUUUUAUUAUUUUAUUUUAUUUAUUUUUUAUUUUUAUUUAUUUUUUGGAGCUUGAUAGCCCCAGUCACCAUUUGCUGUAAUAGAGUGGUGCAAGGACGAUAGUCCAAAACCCGGAGAUGGUUUUUAGCACUUCUGGUUCCAUCAUCCUAAAGUCAAUGGGUUUUUGAAUAGGGUUUUGGUUAAAUGCUUGAAAUAAGGUCUGUGGUAAACACAAGCUCAAGAUAUUUUCACGUUUUAUUCGACGAUAUAAAAUACAUCAGUAUUACCCUCUUGUGAUUUUUUUUAAAGCUUUUACUUGUCUUGUAAAAGGUGGUUGCCAAAAAGUGGCUUAAUUGGAACUACAGAGGUUGUCGGGGACAUUAAACUUCAUCAGCCGAACAGGUAAACUCAUCUACUCACUAGUCCACUUUCAUAGCCUCGUUGUGUUCAUAUUCUCGCUCUUGAAAACUAUUAGAACUUGAACUUUAAGGGUAAAUAUUUUUAAACAAAGACUGAAAGAGUUGUUGGAAGCUUGGCGACGGUGACGUUGAAGUCAUGCGACCGUGGUGUAGUUAGUUUAUAGCCUACGUUUGGCUUUUGACUUCUGCAGAUUGUAUUUACGCUUCAAAAUUCAUAAAAGUUGUGUUAAUUUGUGAAGAUCAUCCUGAUGAACAAAAUGUGUAAGAAUCUCAAGUUUUUGUUAGUCACAGACCUUACUUCCUGCAAUAUUCCAAAAGCCAAUGGAAAAAUCCUAUAGGGUUUUUGUUGAGGGAACCAGGAUGAUGCUAACGUCCGGGUUGGUGGUCUACAAAAAUACGUCAUCUCUGCAUCACUCUAUGGUAUGGAAAAGCGCAGCCCCCAUUUACUGUAACUGUGUGGAAAACUGCAGCCUGGAUCUGCUAAAUUUCUCCUAUUGUAUUAUAAAAGUUUUUAACAGCAUGAAAGCAAAAAUCUUGACAGAAUUUUCAUUUUUUUGGGUUGAUUCAGUGGAUGAUCUUUUAAUUUGUGUAUAAAGCUUUACGAUUUCUACAUUUGCAGGCUUGACAGUCUUGGCGAGAUAUAUGCUUAUUGUAUCAGUGAAAUACAAGAAAGAGAACAGCCAAUUUUGAUAAAUGAAUGUGUCCCAUGAUAAAUUAGGCAAGACGGGAGAAAAUCAUCUUUUGCAUCCAUUUAAGCACUUUCUGUCCUCUUCUACCACUCAAAGUAUUUCUUUUUUUUUUUUUUUUUUUUUUUGGCUUGUGUAAUUUGAACUGCGUCAUAUCGUUCUUUUCCUGCUCUCUUUAAUCGAUUUCUAAUAUCUUUCUGAUCUAUUUUUGAACAAAUGCCUUGCAGCACAUUGCAAGUGUUUUGCUGAACUGUUUGUUGAAUGACUUCUGAUGUAUCGUUUAUACCUGUUAGAGGUGUGAUUGCACAUGGUCAUGUUUAUAUGGGCUAUGUCUAAGAAUAUGGCCCUCAUUUUCUAUCUAAGAGAGCAUAGUUUCAAUAGAAAUCCUCUCUGUUAAUAAGACAAGCUUGUCCGAUACAUUUUAUUUUGGUGUUUUAAAGUUGUGCAAACACUGUACAGUUGAUGUGAAACUAGCUCCUGUUUAUAAUUAGACCAGCAAUAUGCUUUUUCACACAGUUGUGAUGUAAAGCUAAUGCUUUAUUGUUAUAAACAUGGCCACCGAAAUCUGACUGCCUAUAGUUACUGCACACGGUUUCUCUAAGCUUGUAAAUGUGGCAGACAGUUUAUUCAAAAUAGCCGCAAGCUCCCUUGUAUUUGUGUGCUUCUAGAGGUUUAUUCUUCUGUGAAUCUCAUGAAACCUGUUAAAAACAUGUCCUGGUCAUAUUUCUCCUCAAAUCAAUAGAAUAAAAUAUGAAAUUAUAAUUUUCAUAAAUAAAAUGAAGCUUGUUAUAAUUUUUUGCAUUACUUUGACGCCAAUUAAACAUUUCCCCCAUCACCGAGAUGCAAAUCUAAUGAAAAUAAUGGGAAUUACUCAGAAUUUUGGCCAAAAAUUUGCUUUAUUGUCAUUGAAAAUAAUGUUGCAAAAAAUAUUCUUUAAAACAUGCUUCAUUUUCUUUAUGCAAAAAAAAACAUUUCUUUUUCUUCUUCUUUGAUUAUGGGUGUGAAUUGUGACCCAGACAUGUUUUUAUUUUAUUUUUAUUUAUUUUUUUGUGAGAUUUGCCCUUUAAUGAGUCCAAUCAUUGAUUUGCAGUGUAUGAAUCCAGUGAUUUGAAUUAAAGAGGAAUACCUGGUUGUGCAAGAA